ACUACUGAGCUCACUGCACAGCGUGUACUCUCGAAAUGGAGUUUAAGUGGUUGAAAAAACUGAUCCCAGGAAAACAGUCCCGCAGGAAGGAGAAGAUGCAGCGAAAACGGGAGGAGCUGCAGCGGAAAGAGGAGGACUUAAAGCAGAUAGAGGCGGAGUUUAGUCAGAAAGAGGGGGAGUUUCAGGAGAAACAAGAGGAAAUGCAGCGGAAAGAGAAGGAGAUGCAGCAGAAAGAGAAGGAGAUGCAGCUGCAGAAAGAGGAGAUUCUGCAGAAAGAAGAGGAGGUUCUGCAAAAAGAGAAGGAGGUUCUGCAAAAAGACAAGGAGGUGCAGCAGAAAGAGAAGGAGAUGCAGCAGAAAAAGAAGAAGAUGGAGCAGACAGAGAAGGAAAUACAGCAGAAAGUGAAGGAAAUGCAGCAGAAAAUUAAGGAGAUGCAGCAGAAAGAGAGGAAGAUGCAGAAGAAAGAGAAGGAGAUGCAGAAGAAAGAAAAGGAGAUGGAGCUGCAGAAAGUGAAGGAGAUGCAGCUGCAGAAAGAGAGGGGGAUGCAGCAGAAAGAGGAGAUGCAGCUGCAGAAAGAGGAGAUGCUGCAAAAAGAGAAGGAGGUGCAGGAAAAAGAGAAGGAGAUGCAGCAGAAAGAAAAGAAGAUAGAGCAGACAGAGAAGGAAAUACAGCAGAAAGUGAAGGAGAUGCAGCAGAAAAUUAAGGAGAUGCAGCAGAAAGAGAGGAAUAUGCAGAAGAAAGAGAAGAAGAUGAAGCUCCAGAAAGAGAAGGAGAUGGAGCUGCAGAAAGAGAAGGAGAUGGAGCUGCAGAAAGAGAAGGAGAUGCAGCUGCAGAAAGACAGAAGAUUGGAGCUGCAGAAAGAGAAAAUUCUGCAGAAAGUGAAGGAGAUGAUGCUGCAGAAAGAGAAGGAGAUGGAGCAGACAGACAAGGAAAUACAGCAGAAAGUGAAGGAGAUGCAUCAGAAAAUUAAGGAGAUGCGGCAGAAAGAGAGGGAGAUGCAGAAGAAAGAGAAGAAGAUGAAGCUCCAGAAAGAGAAGGAGAUGGAACUGCAGAAAGAGAAGGAUAUGCAGCUGCAGAAAGAGAGAAGAUUGGAGCUGCAUAAAGAGAAAAUUGUGCAGAAAGUGAAGGAGAUGAUGCUGCAGAAAGAGGAGAUGGAGCAGACAGACAAGGAAAUACAGCAGAAAGAGAAGGAGAUGCAGCUGCAGAAAGAGAGAAGAUUGGAGAAAAUUAAAGAGAUGCAGCAGAAAGAGAAGGAGAUGAAGUUGCAGAAAGAGAAGGAGGUGAAGCUGCAGAAAGAGAAGGAGAUGGAGCUGCAGGAAGAGAAGAUUCUGCAGAAAGUGAAGGAGAUUGUGCAGGAAAGGAAGGAGAUGCAGCAGAAAGAGAAGGAGAUGAAGCUGCAGAAAGAGAAGGAGGUGAAGCUGCAGAAAGAGAAGGAGAUGAAGCUGCAGAAAGAGAAGGAGAUGGAGCUGCAGGAAGAGAAGAUUCUGCAGAAAGUGAAGGAGAUUGUGCAGAAAAAGAAGAGGAUGCAGCAGAAAGAGAAGGAGAUGCUGCAGACAGCAGAAACAGAUGCUGCAGCUAUAGAAUUGACAGUCCUCUUUGAGAGAAUGAUGGGAGGGAUGCAGAAGCAAAUAGUGUGAUGAGUGCUGAGAGCACAGCAGCAGGAUGAUGGAUAGCUUGUUGAGCUCCAGCAGAAAAAAAAAACAAAGAAACCAGCACAAAUAUAU